AUGCCCGUCUCCGACAGAACGUCAUCUGACCAGGCCAUGUCCCUCGGCGAUCGCAUCAACGCAGAGACCCGAGGCAUCCACGCCGACACUAACAAAGUCAUCCUCUCUCAACUGCCUAAGCUCCUGCCGCCUCAUGCCGCCGACCCUUCCAUCUACGCUUCAGGGCUCCUGCAUAUUGCACCAAUAUACCUGACCUUCGAAGGUCUCUGGCAUCGCUUUCUCACCCCUGAUCUAAAAGAGGAUAUCGAUCUCGAGCCGCUGCGGCCCGCAUCCGGGACAGUCCCGGUAGAGAACUCACCCUUGCCUAGCCGCGUGCACUCCAGCCUCCAUGCCCUGCUUGUGCCAGGUCUCGCUCGAGGAGGCCGCCUCAAGGCUGAUAUUCAAGCGUUGACUGGCUGGUCGGAUCUUGUCCUCGAGACGCAGCUCGAACUCGUCUCCGGACAGCCGGCACUUGCCGCCAUUAUUGAACGCAUGACAGCGUCCAUCCAGAAGCAACCGCUGCUUAUUGUCACGUAUACGUACAUCCUGUACAUGGCUCUCUUCGCCGGGGGCCGGAUCAUCUGCAAAAAGCUGAAAUUGGCAGGCGACGACUUCUGGCAGACUCCUCUAGCCCCUAUCAAACCCACCAUGCAGCUCUGCAUACCGGUGCCCUCACAAGACGAGCUGCCGUUGAGCUUCUUCCGCUUCGACAACCCAAAUAAUGGCGAGGACUUGAAGGUCGAGUACAAGCGCAUCCUGAAAAUGAUUGAAUCAGCUAUUGACUCAGAUGAGGCGGACGCCAUUGUCGGGGAGGCGACUAAUGUCUUCAGGCACAUACUCUCUAUCGAGGAACUGCUUGAAGCCGUUUUCAAGGAUGACCCUAGCGAUGGUGCCGCGACAAUGCCCGGAGAGUACUUGCAGCCGGCGUCACUCCUCAGUCGUGUGCGUAACAGCGUGGCCGUGGCCAAGGAGAGAUACGGAAAGAGCUCACCGGGAACAUCUUCGAGUGAAGCCGACAGCGCCGGAACCGUCAUUCGACGACGCAACUAUCGCUCCAGCGCCUCAUCCGACUCGCAUUCGACCGACAGCGCCGCGUCUGAGCACCCACCGAUGCCUGCUGUUACUGGUGUCGAGCUGUGCCCUGCCGCGGUCGUUAGAUCCGUCCGCUUCAACUCGGCCUUGUCACUCCCGCAGCAACAGGAGCAGACGGCGUGGGCAGGCCGGCGAGAGCAGAUCAAGACUGCAGACCUGACCAGCUGCGUGCUUGCCGCCCUGCUCGGCAUAGUGGCCAUGGGUGUCAUCCUUGUCUCGAGACGAGGUGCCGCGGCGUGA